UCGAUAAUCCAGUGGAGGCUAACAAAAUUUCAACAUUACGACGACGACGACGACGACGGCGGUGGCGGCGACGGUGGCGGCGGCGAGGACGACCACGACGUUAGCCGCGACAGAGGUGGAUCGUCCAAACGUCGAUCAAAUUUUUCCUAAACUAUCUAUAUACUUAUACGUGUAUAUAUGAUCGGAGAAGAAAAAGUGGCAAAGAACUGUGAAAAUUUGGCCGGUCGGUGGGAGGGCGCGAAACGAGAAGGCCAACGGAGAGCAAAGGAAGAAAGAAAGGGGCGAAAGUGUGUUGGAUCGGGUUGCGAAGAAGGGAAGAAAUCGAGAAGAAAAGGAGGAGGUGAGAAGGAUGAGAAGCAAAGUUGCGCGAAGGUAGAGAGGGAUUGGCGAAGGGUGAAGGGACGAAAAGGUGGAUCGAGGUGGAUCCAGGUCGAUCGGUGUGAUGGUCUCGGGGUGGUGUCCGUGCGUGCCGAUCGGCCGCCGGGAAUCACCGGGCCAGCAGCAGCAGCAGCAGCAGCAGCAACAACAACAACAACAGCAACAACAAUCGGCCUCCUCGUCGAGGAGCUUCGGGAACGACGGUGCACCGUUCACCGUCAGCGCGGCGACCGAUCGUGCAGAAAUGGUCCAGAUGUUCUACUACGAGAAUCGCGGCAAGUGCUGCAAGAAGCUCCUCCGUUACAACGGAUAUCCGAACAAGGUGCUUCUGUUUCCGGAGGAGGGCUGGGCGAGAAGCGCGAGCAGUUCCUACUGGACUUUGACGCCGUUCUGGUGGAGUCGAAGUCGAUGCAAGGUGGUUGAAGUUGCUGGUACCAGGAGGUACAGCACUCAGGCAAAAAUGGUGGACACGGGAACGGGCACGCUUUACAUUAUCGGCUCUUUCAAGAGAAUGACCACCGAUCCCGAUUUCAAGUUGUACCUGACGUCGAACGUGUCGUCCAGCGACUUCAACAUGGGUUACAGUAUGACGGGCACGUUGGAGCGUGGCUGCAAGAAGACCAACUCCUUCCAGAUGACUCACUUUGCGGUGAUUCGCCGGCGUGACUACGAAAAGGCCUACGAGGAUUCGAAUCCCACCUAGUGCCCGUCCACACCCACGCUCUCCGAGUGUGGGGAUUGCGAACACUACGCGUAGAAGGGGUGUUAACCGAAUUAAACGGCGGCCGUUAUGUCGCCUCCGCUUUUCUCUCCCCCCCUCUCUCUCUCCCCCCUCUCCCAC